UCCCUCCCGCUCCUCUUUCACAAGGCUCGAUCUGCCGACGACUCGGGCCGCUCUCCUUACUUCCACAAGACAUGUGAGGGGAGGACAGGAGUGGAGAAGAAGAAACGAGUCGGAAGCGACAGGAGAGAGAGAGAGAGACUGAGUGAGGGAGGAAGGAAGGAAGGAAGGAAGGAAGGAAGCAAGCAAGCAGAGAAAGUUUGGAAGGGCGAGAGCAGAGGAGAUGGGUCGACCAGAUGGGAGGAAGGAAGGAAAGGAUCUCUCCGCGCGCGAUUGAAAGGAUUCGGCAUAUGAGUAAACAAAUAUAGUGAUCAAAGCUCCUAAUAAAAAGAGAGCGGCGGGGUUAAAGGCGCGCCACCGGCAGACCGCGGGGGUGCGCGCAGGAGACAUUCUAGUCCUGUCCCCCUGCCCGUCCGUCCGUCUGUCUGUCUCUCUCUCUGUGGAUUUCUACUCCUCGUGUUCUUCAAACUCUCCGUGACGUUCACCAACUGUUGAGGUCGGGCUCUGGAGAAAGGCUCUCUCUCUCUCUCUCUCCCCCCCCCCCUCCCUCUGGAGUCACUCUUCUCCCCGGAAAAGAAGCGCGAGCUCCGGGUGGAAGAGGAGGAAGGAAGAGCGGGGCUUUUCUCUUGUUUCUUUUUGUGUGUGUGUGUGUGUGUGUGUGUGCCUGGUUCCUCCUGGGGAGUCCGACCUUUGCCGUAGCCGGAGUUUAGGCGUUGGCACCCGGGGGGCAGGGAGUCCCUCGCCAUGGCCGGGGCCAAGCCGGGAGUCCACGCUCUGCAGCUCAAGCCCGUGUCCGUCCACGAAGCGCUGAAGAAGGGGGGCAAAUUCAUCAAAUGGGACGAGCCGACUUUGGAGCCUAAACUCAAGGAGCCCAACAGUGGGCCGCCCACCCUAGUGACCCUGAAAGUUGACCCAGAUGGAUUCUACCUCUACUGGACCGGAGGAUCCAACCUGGAGGUGGAGAUUCUUGACAUCAACACCAUCAGGGACACCAGAACAGGAAAAUACGCCAAACAACCUAAGGACGCCAAGCUGCGGGAGGUGCUUGGCUUCGGUAAGGCGGACAACGUUGAAGGGAAGCUGGUAACGGUUGUCCAUGGCAACGACCUGGUCAACAUCUCCUUCCUCAACUUCCAGGCUAUGCAGAAAGAUGCAGCAAAGAUUUGGACAGAUGAGCUGUUCACUUUGGCCACAAACAUACUUUCCCAGAAUGCAUCACGGCACACCUUCCUCCUCAAAGCGUACACUAAGUUAAAGCUGCAGGUGAAUCAGGAUGGAAAAAUCCCUGUGAAGAAUAUUCUCAAGAUGUUUUCAGAUAAAAAGAGAGUGGAGACGGCUCUGGAGCAGUGUGGCCUCGUCAAUAACCGGGCUGAGGGAAUAAAGCCAGACGAUUUCACGUGGGACGCCUUCCAGAGGUUUCUCGACAGCCUCUGUCUGCGGCCCGAGAUACAAAGCAUCUUCGAGGAAAGCGGCUCCAAGAGGAAGCCGUUCAUCUCUCUGGACCAGUUGAUGGACUUCAUUAACCGCAGGCAGCGAGACUCCAGGCUGAACGAGGUGCUGUACCCCCCCUUGAAAAGGGAACAGGUCCGACAGAUCAUGGAGAAAUAUGAGACUAACGCCAGCCAGCUGGAGAGAGACCAGAUCAGUUUGCAGGCUUUCAGUCGGUAUCUGGAAGGCGAUGAAAACAGCAUCGUACCUCCAGAGAGGCUGGAUAUCAUCGACGACAUGAACCAACCACUGGCUCACUACUUUAUCAAUUCCUCGCACAACACGUACCUCACAGUGGGUCAGCUGACUGGCCUGUCUUCAGUGGAGAUUUAUAGGCAGGUGCUGCUGACUGGCUGUCGCUGUGUUGAGCUGGACUGCUGGAAGGGCCGGCCUCACGACGAGGAGCCUUACAUCACCCACGGCUUCACCAUGACCACUGAGAUCCCCUUUAAGGAGGUGAUUGAGGCGAUAGCAGAAAGUGCUUUCAAGACAUCGCCGUACCCCCUCAUCCUGUCCUUUGAAAACCACGUAGAUUCGGCCAAGCAGCAAGCCAAAAUGGCAGAGUACUGCAGGACCAUCUUUGGAGACGCUCUGCUCAUUGAACCACUGGAGAAGUAUCCGCUGGUCCCCGGUCAGGCCCUUCCUUCUCCACAGGAGUUGCUGGGUAAGAUUCUCAUCAAAAACAAGAAGAAGCACCAGCACCACAGACCCUCGAGUAGCGGAAGCAUAAGACGCAGAGAGCUGGAGGAACAGUCGUCGCCCAACAACGACUGCCCACUGACGGACGGCGAAGGAGGCCAGCUCCUCACCAACGGGGAGGAAAAGCUGGCUGAGAGGAUGGUCAAAGACUUUGAGCCUCGCAAGUCCCUCGGAGGUGAGGGGGAAAGCGAGGAGGACGAGGACGACGAGCCGACAGCGGAGCUGAAAAAGCCAAACUCCGACGAGGGCACCGCCAGCAGCGAGGUGAACGCCACCGAGGAGAUGUCCACUCUUGUCAACUACAUCGAGCCUGUCAAAUUCAAGAGCUUCGAGGUGGCAAACAAGAGGAGGAAGUUCUUUGAAAUGUCUUCGUUGGUGGAGACGAAAGGCAUGGACACCCUGAAGAGCUCCCCCAUCGAGUUUGUCGAGUACAAUAAGAAUCAGCUGAGCCGAAUCUACCCCAAAGGAACCAGGGUGGACAGCUCCAAUUACAUGCCUCAGCUCUUCUGGAACGUGGGCUGCCAGAUGGUGGCGCUAAACUUCCAAACGCUCGACCUUCCUAUGCAGCUGAACAUGGGUGUGUUUGAGUACAACGGCCACAGCGGCUACCUGCUGAAGCCUGAGUUCAUGAGGAGAACGGACAAGCACUUUGACCCUUUCACAGAAAACAUAGUGGAUGGUAUCGUCGCAAAUACUGUCAAAAUUAAGGUGAUCUCGGGCCAGUUUCUCACCGAUAAAAAGGUGGGCGUGUACGUGGAAGUGGACAUAUUUGGACUUCCUGCUGAUACAAAGAGGAAGUUCAGAACCAAAACAUCCAACGGGAACUCGCUGGACCCCGUGUGGGACGAUGAAAUGUCUGUGUUUAACAAGGUGGUCCUUCCCACGCUGGCCUCUCUGAGGAUAGCCGUGUUUGAAGAAAACGGCAAGUUCAUUGGACACCGGAUCCUCCCGGUGUCGGCCAUUAGACCGGGCUACCACUACAUCAACCUGAAGAAUGAGCUGAACCAGCCGCUGCUCCUGCCCUCUCUCCUGGUUUACGCAGAAGCUCAGGACUACAUCCCCAAUGAACACCAGGAGUACGCCGAGGCUCUGACCAACCCCAUCAAGCACAUCAGUCAGUUGCAUAAGAGAGAGACGCAGCUGGCUGCUCUCAUAGAGGACCACAGCGAGCAUGUCCCCAACCAGCCCAAAGACGGAGAGACAAAGAUGGAGUGGGAAGACAUUUCGCAAAGUCGACCCCAACUCCCCGUUCCACUACUGGAAAAAGCCCCCGACAUCAUCAAGUUACCUGCACCGGCUCAAAGUCCAAAGGAAGACCUCAUUGCCACUGUUCUAGCAGAGGUCCAGGCUGAGUCCAUCGAGGAGUUGAAACAGCAGAAGAGCUAUCUGAAGGUGCUAAAGAAACAGAGCAAAGAAAUCAAAGAGAUGCGUAAGAAACACCUCAAGAAGGUGUGGAACCUGAGCAAGGAGCAGAAGAGUCGGAAUUGCCAGCUUCAGUCCGACACCCAGAGGAGACGCAGUCAGAUGGAGAAGCACCUCAAACGUAGCAUCAAGAGAAACGAGCCCCAGGACCCGGUGCAGCGUGACCUGACCGCGUUGGAUCAGGAGCUGGAGAAGCAGACGGUCCAGCUGAGGGAAUGGCAGAUGCAAGAACUGCUGAUGCUCCGACAACAGCUUCACUCACUGGAGAGAGAGAAGCAACAAACACACCUGCAGGAGGCCUUGCAGAAGUUAAAGGAGACGGCCGCUGAAUGCCAAGCAGCUCAGCUGAAGAAGCUCAAGGAGACGUGUGAAAAAGAGAAGAAAGAACUCCAGAAAAUUCUAGACAGGAAGCGACAAAACAGCAUCUGCGAAGCCAAGACCCGCGACAAAGACAAGGCGGAAACGGAACUGAAUGAGAUCAACAGAAAACACAUUCAAGACUCUGUCUCGUUAAUCCGCGGGCUGGAGGAUGCUCAGACCCGGAGGCAAGACAAGCUGAUGCUGCGUCAGCGGGAGGUGCUGCAGCAAAUAGACGAUGAACUUCCACUGAUCCAGUCUAAGUUGGAACGGGACCUGGAGGAGGAGUACCACAGGCUGCCGGAGGAGAUCUGCCAGCACCUUCAGCUGGAGCUCAAGAGCAAAGGUCUCCGGAAAGACGCCCUGUUCUCGUCCCAUUGCAACAACAGCAGCCCCGGGUCCGGCUCUGGCUCUGGCUCGGGCCCGCCCUCCAACUGCUCCACGCCGUCUUACCCGUCGACGCCCGAUCGGAUUCCCUGGAACCGGAGCAUGGACAAUAGCAUGGCGUCCUUGGCCGAUUCCACCUCCUCGUCCACCACUCCCGUCCUUUCAGAGGCCGAGAUGUCGUUCAGCUAGAAUUCUUACUUGUUGAAAGGAAAAUACUGUACUUAUAAGUAGGGUCCAUGAUGAAUAUAAUGUGGGAUGUAAUGAUGUUAAAAAUCUGAUAAUUUUAUUCCUUUUACUACAGACUUCAGUUCCUGUCUACAGAGUUUUAUUGUUUUUUAUUUAGCUGUUUUUGUCAGAUAAACAUCAUGACUUUUGUUGGAAGAUUUAUGGUAACCAAACUUUUUACAUUUAUUGUCUGUCCGUCUUGCUUUUAAUGUCAUAUUCUUUAUAUAUUUCCUUUUUUUUAUGGUCAGUAGGCUUUGCUCCGGGUUUUGCCACACCUCAAGCUUCAUGUUCACGCCGUUUCGGCUUGCAACAGCUUUAACCUCUUCAUCAACACUUUUUUAAAAUCUUUAAACUGUUGAGAUAGGAGCCGGGUUAGAAAAUUACUGCCAUUGUUCAGGAAACAAUGCAGCAUACGUGGGGCUGGCCCAAGCAAUUAUAGUUAGUCUUUUAGGAUGGACAUCUGUGACUUUAGAUCAAUUUGCUUGACUGCUUCAUAAUGCCUCAUCCAACAAAAACACAAACUAUUUGCAAUGUCAGCCUACGGCGAGGUCCGCGUGGCAAAACAUGUAAAACUCUUUGCGGUCGGAGCGAUAUUUGCCAGGAAUGAGUGAGGGAGAGCGCUGUAAUGGCAGACGCGACCCAGCGGGCGGUGCUGAAGGCUUAGCUGUUUGUUUUUAAACUGGUGGUUUGAUCCUUCCAUUCAUCCUGCCUGAUUAUCCCAUCAUGCUGUUCCCCCCGACCCACUCGCCCGUCUCAGCGGGGAUUUGCAGCGUCACUGAUCAGGUUGAUGGAUCGUGUUCUCUGACCUUUAAACCCAAACCCAAAAUCCAGCCAAGGUUGCAUGGAUGAGUUGGAGACAUCCGACAUCUGGUUAGGUGUGUGUGUGUGUGUGUGUGUGUGUGUGUGUGUGUGUGUUGAUGCAAGGGUUUUAGUGAUGUCACACCCUCUUUCGCACACACCUGCAUGACACUGUGUUUUGCUGUGGCUUCUAUGAGAGUUUUAUCCACAUUUUAACUGGCUGAAAGAUUUGAACGUCUUCAUCCCACGUAAUCUACCGCGUGUAAAACACCAAGUAUAUUUGUGAAGAAGUUAAUCUCUGGAUGAGAAAUCUGAAUAUUCCUACUACAUGGAAAAGGUCUACCGUAUGUGUAGCAAUGUGUGUCUUUCCAUCUUUGUUCAUGUAAUUACUUUUCCCCUUUUGCAGCCUAGAGAAAGACACGUUGCAUAGGCUGCACUAUGGCAUUUUAAUAUAUAUGUUAAAAGUCUGAAUCCCAAUAUGAGGCAAACACAAGAGGUUUUUCCUUUGCGUUCUGGUUGCUACACUGUCGAUUGUGCUCAAUUUAAGGAACUCGUAUUGUUUUAGUGUUCAGAUUAGCUGGAAAGAACUAUCACAUCUGUUGACAGCUUGAUGCUGUACUUCUUAUUGUCAGUUCUCUCGUUUCCAGAGGCGUGAACAGCUACAUUCCACCUGGUUCCCUCAGUUAAAUACUCUAUUCAAGCCAAAUACGGAAUGUGGAAUUGUUGUGCACGAAUGGUACUUUAUGUUAAGAUUCUCUGUCUUUUACCCAAUUUUAAUCUUUUAUUUUGUCCUUUACUGGAGACUUUCUUUUUAAAAUGCAAUGUUUUUUUUGUUUCUUCCUUGAGUGGCAAAAUGAUGGCACGAAUUCUGUGUAAAUGUUAUUUUUUGGUAUGUGAAUUGUACUACUGACAAGUGCUGAAGAGGGAUAGAGGGGCAAUGAAGGGAGAGCAAAGAGAAAACUUUUUUCUUUUUUUUUUUUUUUUUUUUAGAGGAGAGAUUUUUAGAUGACAUUUCUGCCUUGUCCUCUUCCACCUCCCUCCUUCAAUGAGCACUAGCUGCCUGUCUGUCUGAUUACCCCCCCCUCCCUCCUCCCUCCUUUAACGUCAUUGUAAACUAUCAUCUAUUUAAAUGGAGCUUUUAACAACGUUUUUCUUUUGUCGUUAUUCAAGUUUUUAACAGAUGCAUGAAAUAAUAACCCGUUCACUCAUUAUGCCGUGUAUAGUUCAACGUAUCAAGCCUACGUUGCAGAGAUAAUAUGUGCAUCUUACCAGUGUAUCUUAAAACUCAUCAUUGAACUCUGCUCUUUCAGGUCGACCACCACAAAGAAUGUGACUUGGCGGGAAACGCAGUUGUGAAAUAUUUGGUCUAACUUGUAUCUCAUUUCCAGGAAGUCGUAUCGAGUACACCUUCUGGAUUGAGUACGCUCACCUCGUGAUUGCUCACAAUUCAAAGUCAACGAUUGCCAGCUUGCACUCGGUGCGCCACAGCGCAUGCAUCAUGCCAAUGCUUUUGACCAGCGAUUUGAUUUGCUUUAUGAAGUAAGGAUAUAUCCUACUGGUGAGACAGUCGGCCAUCUCCUCCCAUUGAGUGGUUUAUUUGGUCAAGUACGUGUCGUCUGCUUCUAGUGUUGAGAUGGUCCAACCCAUUCCAGAUCCAGUGGCAAGUAUUUGGAUAUAUAUGUACAUUAUUACUAAUUACACUGAUUAUUUUACUUCAGCCCCAUUUUAGCUGUGAUUUUGUUUGUGUUUAAAUGCACCAUUACCAUUCUGUGUGUUUGUUUUGUUCCAUGUAAAAUGAAUCGUAGUAAAAUGAAUACAACCCUGUUCGGGUGAUUUUAACCUUUUGUGCGACAGUCUAUUUUUUUCCAAUGUUUUGUGGCUAUCGUAAAAAGUACUUGUUGUCGGUACUAGAUAGCCAGGUACUCUUUUAUACAGUGUCCUCAUGGAACAGAAAACAAAAGAUUUAAAUACAGUUUACAGGGGAAACUGCUGGAUUAAUUUGCAUAAACUAAAUGUACAAUUAUUAGUUUUUGCUAGCUGAUAAUAAUGAUGAGGUGAUAAUGUAUUUUCUAGUUUUAAUCUAUUCAUUGCAGGUUCACAUAUUAAUGACCUGCUAGCUCUGAGACUGGACGUAAGGUGUGAAUGAGAUUUUAGUUGAGUCAGUGGUUAAAUCCCCCCCCCAACAACCUGAAAUGAUUCAAAACGCCUCAUUUCAGCUGUUAAUUCAGAUCAGAGUUCCAGCUGUACUAAUUCAUAUUUUUAUUUUAACGUUGGACUAAUUGAUUGUGUGAAGGGGUCACAUGUAUGUGUAUAUAUUUAUACACAUUUUUAUUCAAUUAAAUGAGAGAAUGUGUCCAAGCUUUGGAGUCGGAAUGUAUGUAUCUCAUCCUCGUGUCUGUCCUCGCAUUUUGUGUUUACAUUUUCCAUUUAGCUGACGAUUUUAUCCAAAGCAACUUACAAUAAGUGCACCAACCAAGAGUAACCUAAAAAAUCUAAAAAGCCAUCUAAAAGUACAAAGUGCAUUACUUCACAUGACGACAUGCUAAAUCAUUAGAAUGUGCUCCGUACACAUACUACACAUAGUGCUAUCUACCAGUCCCAGUUUUUUUUUUAGUAACAAUAAACAUAAGAUGGAAGAGGAAAGCUAUUUGUAUAUUGGCUGACGUGUACGUUCUGCUCACUUCAGCAUUACUAACACAAACCCUCCUCGACUCUACUCUCAUUGGACAUAUGGUGUCCAAUAAGUUUCCCUCAGGCCCUCCCCGAGGCCUCUGGCUGCCAUGUCUUCUCUCCCUCAUUUUCCUCCUCUCUCCACCCCACUGUUCCAUUUCCUUUCCUUCCGUUUGUCUCGAUAAUGAGACCCUCUUUACUUUUAGACUACUUAAAUCGAUUAAAAAGAAGCCGUGUUUGUGCUUGUCAGAUAGUGAAGAGAGCAUGUGGUUUACAUUCGGCCAGAUAGGUAGUAAGUUAUUUUUACUCUGCAUGUGUGUAUAUGUAGGACAUAAGGGGUUACUAUUCAAUGAUCCACGUGUAAUAUUUCAUUCAUUGCUGUUAAGUAAAUGAGUAAUAAACUUCAGUUGGAAACUAA